AUAAAAUUAUUUACGCGUUCAAAAUACGUUCAGUCUAAUUCGAAUAUUAGUUAAGAUAAUUAGUGUUUUGUAAACAAGUCAUGUCAGGAGCAAGAACGCAGUUAGCAGAUUCAUCUACAUCUCCACCGUUGAGUGAAAAUCGUCGGCUAGAUUAUAACUCUGGAUUGAAGUUCUCAUAUGGCGAUGGUUCUGAUGACGAAGGCCCCUCACUGGCGUCCGAGCUGCCCUCGUGUGUGUACGCAGCUGCUAGAAGUAGGCUGCAAUUACCGCUUGCUGCGUAUGUACACCAACAUACCAGACAACUGCAUACAGAUGUUUUACUGGAGACAUCAGCAGAGCCCGAGUACCAGUGUAGUGGAUCGCCGUACCGUGUGCAACGAGCCGCCGCGAACGUCCGCGAGCGUCGACGGAUGCUGAGGUCCGGACCCAAUGGCAGUAUAAACUCGGCGUUCGAUGAACUGCGCGUGCACGUGCCGACGUUCCCUUAUGAGAAAAGGCUCAGCAAAAUCGACACGCUUCGGCUGGCUAUCGCUUACAUCGCUCUACUCAGGGAGGUAUUGGACGCCGAUUACGAUCCCCUGACUUAUGUAGAAAAAUGUUUACGAGGAGAAAUCAAAGCUGAUCGAGCACACUGGAACACAAGUGAUCUAACAGCAAGACUUUCGUGGAUUAAUUGGGAAAAUCUCGGCGUGAAUCCACAACGAAGAAGCGUCCUUACUUCGCUCGCACUCAGUUCCGACAAUUUACAAUAUUCGCAUAAUUAGUCACGAAGAAUACAUUAUCCCAUUAUUUAGUAGUUGCUUUAGAAUUUUUUUUUUUUUUUAUAAACCUGAAAUUCUUUUAGGGGAUUGUUCUAUUAGUUUGAAACAUUAUGUCGAAAAUGAUAAAAAAUUCUGAGUCCCCAAGACAUGUUUGACGCGUCCAAUUGUCAAAUUACUAUGAAAGGCUUGAAAUUUUUUGUCAUUUUCUAUCAAUAAAAAUAAAUUCAAUGACUGAUAAACUGACAGAAAAUAAUAUUGUAAUAUUUUUAUUAUGAAUAACAGAAUACACUCAAUCUAGUCAAAGUGGUGCAAUAUAGACUUAAGAUAACAUGUUUAGGUAUAUGUUUAUUUAUUAUAACAAAUAAGUCGAUUAUAAUAUAUAAGUGGAGAAAUAUUAGCAAUAUAAUCAUAGUAGAAUGUUGAUAACAAGAUGAAGUAUAAAUAAAUAUGCAAGUUAGUGUUUGUUUUAUUGUCUUUAAUCAUAUUUACCUUAGCAAUGGCAAUACUUAAGUUAGGUGAAGUAGAUGAAAUAAUUAUUAUGCCCAGGCUGUUCAUGUUCCUAUGAGCCAUUUUCCAUAUGCCACCUUUACCUUUCUAAGUAGUUUAAAAAAUACUAAAG